CACUCUUCCCCUCAGGGACGCCGAAGGUCUCCGGGAGCGCGGGGAGCCAUCGGUUGGCCCCGCUGUGCCUCGACCUCCCCCCGGCGGCGCGAUGCUGGCCUCACGCCCCGCGGCCUCGUGUGCCCGGUGGCGGUGGGUCCCGCCGUCUCCCGGGGUCCCGGGGGCCGCCCGGUCGCCGCCCGGACCCCCUCCCCGCUGGGCCCACGGCGGGGCCUGGGCCUCCCAGCUCAGGGCCUUCCUGGAGGAGAACACGGAGGUCACCAGCACCGGCAGCCUGACCCCCGAAAUCCGCCUGCACCUCCUGACCCCACGCUGCCGGUUCUGGGCCGAGAGAAGCGACCAGUGGCCCUACGGCGAUCCUUACUGGGCAAUCUACUGGCCCGGGAGCCAGGCCUUAGCCAGGUACCUCCUGGAUAAUCCGGCCGUGGCCAGAGGGCGAUCGGUCCUGGACGUCGGCAGCGGCUGUGGGGCGGCGGCCAUGGCCGCCAGGAUGAGCGGGGCCUCCCGGGUCGUCGCCAACGACAUCGACCCCGUUGCAGGUGUGGCGAUCGCGUUGAAUUGCGAAUUGAAUCGCCUGCGGCCCACCAUUCCCGUCUUGACCCAGAGCGUCCUGGACACCCGCCGGGACGACUGGGAGCUCAUAGUUUUAGGAGACAUGUUUUACGACGGGGAUCUGGCCGACGGCCUUCACCGCUGGCUGACGAGCCGCGGCGGGACCGGCGGAUCCAAGGUGCUGAUCGGCGACCCCGGGAGGCCCCACUUCUCCGAGCACGGCAUUCGGAGGCGGCUGCGUAAGGUGGCUGAGUAUUCCCUGCCGGAAGCCGCCAGGCGGGAAAAUCACGGCCUGACAUCCACUUCCGUCUGGGAUUUCCGGCCCUGAGUCGUCCGACGUUGGCAGCGAGUGAGAGUUGAAUUACGUUUAACGUGAAAAAGUUAUAAUAAUAGUUAGGGUACUUGUUAAGCGCUUACUAUGUGCCAGGAACUGUACCGAGCGCCGGGGUAGAGACAAU